AUGCUGAUAUUCAAUCUAAAGAGGAGACAUGCCCCCAUCGUCCCCAUGCUAGUCACAGGCAUCCGCAAUUUGAGAGAAGCCGCGCCGCAGUUCUUCACAGAAGAAUUCGUAGAUGAGUUUCUUGAUGGCUUCUUCCUCUCAAGAAUAGGAACUGAAAUGCUCACCAGCAGCUUCUUAACUCCCAACGGCGUCGUUGAUAUGGCAUGUGACCCUUUCCAAGUGACGAAGAAAGCAGCUGAAGACACGGAGAAGCUGUGUCACUCUCAUUACGGCCGCUGCCCCCAAAUCAAGAUAUGGAACGUGAACGACGCGCAUUUUGCCUCUGUCCCGCAGUACCUCUACUACAUCUUGUCGGAGCUCUUGAAGAAUGCCAUGAGAGCGACAGUGGACACUUACGUGCACCGCGCUCCCAAGGGCAGCAGCAGCCGCAUCAGCAGCAGCAGCAGCAGCAGCAGCAGCAGCAGCAGCAGCAGCAGCAGCAGCAGCAGCAGCAGCAGCAGCAGCCCGUUUCUGCACUCGCAGCGCAUAUCUCAGGGGGAGCCGCAGUACGAAACAGCAGCAGAAAUUGCUGACCCGCAGCUGCCGCCGGUGCAGCUGCUGGUGGCUGGGGAUGAACAUUCUGUUUCCAUCAGAGUAAGCAGCAGCAGCAGCAGCAGCAGCAGCAGCAGCAGUAGCAGCAGCAGCAGCAGCAGCGGCGCAGCAGCAGCAACAGCGGCACCGGUAGUAGUCCUAGGAGCAGAGCGCAGCAGCAGCAGAGAUCAGCAGCAGCAGCGGCAGCAGCAGCUCCAAAAGCAGCAGUAG